GCAGGGAUGUGCUUUAACAGCACCCACCACCCCAACUUCCCCUUGUACCCCUCAGCUCAGAGCUCAGACACCAGAAGAAGCUGGCGUGGCUUUGCUCAGCCACAAAGAGUGAAAGGGAACUUCUGAAACGCCCUUAAAAUAGUCAGAUUUGUUCCCUUCUGAGAACGAGAGCAGCCACGUGGUUGGAGCUGGUGUCACCCUGAUGACCACACAGCCGGGGCGGUGCAGAGGUGCUUUCUCCUCGGGAGGAAAAGGCCUGGCUGCUUCCUGCAGCUGCUCUGGGCAGGGAAAGCAGCAUGGAAGAGGGGGUGAUCUAUCCUCUGUCAGACUCACCUGCUCUGAAGAUGUCCCAGCCGUCCCCAGCUGAUGAAGGCCCCACGUUCGAGCACCUCUGGAGCUCGCUGGAACCAGACAGCACCUACUUCGACCUGCCUCCAGCCAACCCCAGCAGCAACAAUGAGGUCUCCAACAGCACAGAGGUCACCAUGGACGUGUUCCAGAUGAGAGGCAUGACUGACUCGGUGAUGUCCCAGUUCAAUUUGCUCAACAACAGCAUGGAUCAGAGCAUCGGCAGCAGAGCAGCCUCCACCAGCCCCUACAGCUCCGAGCACACCUCCAAUGUCCCAACGCACUCGCCCUACUCGCAGCCCAGCUCUACCUUCGAGGCCAUGUCCCCAGCGCCCGUCAUCCCCUCCAACACCGACUACCCCGGUCCCCACCACUUCGAGGUGACCUUCCAGCAAUCCAGCACCGCCAAAUCGGCCACCUGGACUUACUCCCCGCUGCUGAAGAAGCUCUACUGUCAGAUCGCCAAGACAUGCCCCAUCCAGAUCAAGGUGUCCACCUCACCACCCCCGGGCACCAUCAUCCGGGCCAUGCCUGUUUACAAGAAGGCAGAGCACGUCACCGAGGUGGUGAAACGCUGCCCCAACCACGAGCUGGGCCGUGACUUCAACGACGGCCAGUCAGCCCCUGCCAGCCACCUCAUCCGGGUGGAAGGCAACAACCUGUCCCAGUACGUGGAUGACCCGGUGACGGGGCGGCAGAGCGUGAUGGUGCCCUACGAGCCCCCUCAGGUGGGGACCGAGUUCACCACCAUCCUGUACAACUUCAUGUGCAACAGCAGCUGCGUGGGAGGCAUGAACAGGAGGCCCAUCCUCAUCAUCAUCACCUUGGAGACAAGAGACGGGCAGGUCCUGGGGAGGAGAUCCUUCGAGGGGCGGAUCUGUGCCUGUCCUGGCAGGGACAGGAAAGCUGAUGAGGAUCAUUUCCGAGAGCAGCAAGCCCUGAACGAGAGCACGGCCAAGAACGGCAACGCCAACAAGCGCACCUUCAAGCAGAGCCCCCAGGGCAUCCCAGCGCUGGGCACUGGCAUUAAGAAACGGAGGCACGGGGAGGAGGAGAUGUACUACGUGCCUGUGCGAGGCCGGGAGAACUUUGAGAUCCUGAUGAAGAUAAAGGAGAGCCUGGAGCUGGUGGAGCUGGUCCCACAGCAGCUGGUGGAUUCCUACCGGCAGCAGCAGCAGCAGCUCCAUCAGAGGCAGAGCCAGCUGCAGACACCUUCCUCCUACGGCCCCGUCCUUUCCCCCAUGAACAAAGUGCACGGAGGAGGGAUCAACAAGCUGCCCUCUGUGAACCAGCUGGUGGGGCAGCCUGCCCAGCACGGCUCCAGCUCUGCACCCGGCCUGGGCCCCAUGGGACCUGGAAUGCUGAACAGCCACCCCAUGCAGAGCAAUGGAGAAAUGAAUGGGGGCCACUCCUCCCAGUCCAUGGUGUCGGGGUCCCACUGCACCCCCCCUCCACCCUACAACGCCGACCCCAGCCUCGUCAGUUUUUUAACAGGAUUGGGGUGUCCAAACUGCAUCGACUAUUUCACCUCACAAGGGUUACAGAAUAUUUACCACCUGCAGAACCUAUCCAUAGAGGAUCUCGCAGCACUGAAGAUCCCGGAGCAGUACCGCAUGAUCAUCUGGCGGGGCCUGCAGGAGCUCAAGCAGAGCCACGACUACGGGGCCCAGCAGCUGAUCCGCUCCAGCAGCAGCAACGCCUCCACCAUCUCCAUCGGCAGCUCGGGCGAGCUGCAGCGGCAGCGGGUGAUGGAGGCCGUGCAUUUCCGCGUGCGCCACACCAUCACCAUCCCCAACCGCGGCACCGCCGACGACUGGGCCGACUUCGGCUUCGACCUGCCGGACUGCAAAUCCCGCAAACAGUCCAUAAAGGAGGAGUUCACGGAGGGAGAGAUCAACUGAGGGGCUCCAGACGCUGGCGGGGUGAUAAAUGCCCCUCCACCCCCUCAAAAAUGUGUUUGCAGCCUUGGGCACCUGGAGAAGUUUAAGUUUGUUAUAUCCAGGGGAACUGCGGGCCCUGAGCCAGGCAGGAGGUGCCUGCCUGGGGAUGAAACUGGAGGUGAGGAGGAGGAGGAAGGAAAG